UAUAUAAGCUGCCCUCUGACCAGAGGCGAGACAUCCUCCGUCAGCAGCCGCGGAAACAACAUGUCUCGUGCUCUGGUGUUCUCUGCUGUGGUGGCAGUCCUGCUGGGACUGGCCAGAGCCGGGUACCUGGGUGGCUACAGCGGUACCGGCGGCUACAACAGUGGGUACGGCGGGUACAGCGGUGUCGGAGGCUACGGCGGCUACGGCGGCUACGGAGGCCAAGGCAUCGGCUACGGAGGCCACGGCAGCGGCUACGGAGGCUACGGCAGAAGCUACGGUGGUUACAGCGGGUACAGCGGUCUCGGCGGCUACGGAGGCUACGGCGGCUACGGUGGAAACGGCGGAUACAGCAGCGGGUACAGCGGAUACGGCAAGGGCUACGGCGGCUACGGAGGAUACGGCAGCGGCUACGGAGGCUACAACAAGGGCUACGGAGGCAACGGAGGUUACGGCAGCGGCUACGGAGGCCACAGCUACUGGGGCUGAAGAACCUAGCAAUACGAUGCUGCCAACUUCUAUUCGUUUGCGAUUCACACGAUGCCGGUCAAAUAUUAAUGCGCCACAUCGUGGUCAAUAUCGAUGUUCCCAACUGUUAAUAAUUAUUUUUAUAUUUUUGUUUGAUUCCUGAAACCAUCAGUAUUGUAAAUUUUCAAUAAACCAAUUUUUUUCGUA